UUGAAUACAUCGUCGAACUAUUUAGGUUAUCUAACAAACAGCUCGUUUUCAGCCUCAUGAAAAACUUUUGAGAUUUGGCAUGGGACGUAAAGUGACUCUUGCAGCUUGUAGCUUAAAUCAAUGGGCCCUAGAUUUCGAGGGAAACUUGAAAAGAAUUCUUCAGAGCAUCAACAUUGCUCGCGCACAUGGAGCGACUUACAGACUCGGUCCUGAGUUGGAAAUUCCCGGCUACGGUUGCAAUGACCAUUUCCUGGAAAGCGACACGUUACUGCAUUCUUUUCAAGUCCUGGCGUUGUUGUUGAAAUCUCCCGUGACGAAAGACAUUAUAUGCGACGUCGGAAUGCCCGUUAUGCACCGAAAUGUACGGUACAACUGUAGAGUUAUCUUCCUCAAUGGAAAGAUCCUCUUGAUUCGACCAAAGAUGACUUUGGCUUGUGAUGCGAAUUACAGAGAAGGAAGAUGGUUUACAAGAUGGGCGAAGACAAGGCAAACUGAAGAGUACUUCCUGCCUCGCAUGAUAUCUGAAAUUACUGGUCAAGUAACAGUUCCUUUUGGAGAUGGUGUGAUCUCAACAUUGGAUACUUGUGUUGGCACAGAAAUCUGUGAGGAACUUUUCAGUGUAAACUGUCCUCACAUAGCUAUGGCUCUUGAUGGAGUGGAGAUUUUUACAAAUGCCAGUGCAAGUCAUCAUCAACUUAGGAAGUUAAACAAGAGAGUUGAAUAUGUGAAGGAUGCCACUGCCAAGGGUGGUGGCAUUUAUGUCUAUGCCAAUAUGCGAGGCUGUGAUGGAGAAAGAGUCUACUAUGACGGCUGCUCUAUGGUGGCAGUUAAUGGAAAAAUAGUUGCACAAGGUUUGCAAUUUUCCAUGCAAGAGGUUGAAGUUGUAACCUCCACUGUCGAUUUGGAAGAAGUGCGUUCCCAUCGUGGUGCAAAGCCAACAUUUGGUUCAAAUGCAAUGGAUCUCACCCAGAGCUAUCCCAGAAUCAAGGUGGACUUUGCAUUGAGCCGUGAAGAUGAUAUUUCGGUUGCUCCUGCUGAACCCAUAGAUGUCCGUUAUCACACGCCAGAGGAGGAAAUAAGCCUGGGGCCGGCAUGCUGGCUGUGGGACUACCUCAGGAGAAGUGGCCAAGCUGGCUUUUUUCUACCUUUGAGUGGAGGCAUUGACAGUUCAUCAACAGCCUGCAUUGUAAGCUCCAUGUGUCAUCAGGUGUGUCAAGCUGUCAAAAGUGGAGAUCAACAGGUGUUGGAAGAUGCUCGUAGGAUUGUGAAUGACAACAAUUACAUUCCUACCAAUCCCAAGGAGUUUGCAGGCCGUAUCUUUGUUACUUGUUACAUGGGAACUGAAAAUUCUUCCGAAGAAACAAGGAAAAGAGCAAGUAAUCUGGCUGAGGAGAUAGGCAGUCAUCAUAUGGGGAUCACAAUCGAUGCUGCUGUGAGUGCCGUUCUCGGGAUUUUUACAGCAGUCUCGGGUAAAAUCCCGAAAUUCAAGUUAUAUGGCGGGACUCACCGCGAGAAUCUGGCUUUACAGAACGUACAGGCUCGUCUGCGCAUGGUGUUAGCGUACUUAUUUGCGCAGCUGAUCAUGUGGGCGCGCGGGCUCCCAGGUGGACUGCUAGUCUUGGGAUCAGCAAACGUGGAUGAAAGUUUGUGCGGCUACCUGACCAAGUACGACUGUUCUAGUGCAGACAUUAACCCGAUCGGUGGAAUAAGCAAAAAGGAUCUAAAAUCGUUCAUUUUCUACUGCGUAGAAAAGUUUAACUUCAGCUCGUUGAUACGAAUCCUUGGUGCACCACCCACAGCAGAGCUUGAGCCGUUAGCAGACGGCCAGAUACAACAGACAGAUGAGGAGGAUAUGGGUAUGACUUACGACGAACUCUCAAUGUUCGGUUGCUUAAGGAAGGUAACUCGUUGUGGACCGUACAGCAUGUUCUGCAAACUAAUCCACACCUGGCGAGGAACUUAUACUCCUGCCAAAGUGGCUGAGAAAAUUAAACGUUUCUUCCGCGCAUACUCAAUCAACCGGCACAAAAUGACAACCCUGACACCCGCCUACCACGCAGAAAACUACUCCCCGGACGACAAUCGAUUCGAUCUCCGACCGUUCUUGUACAACACUCAUUGGUCGUGGCAAAUGCGAUUGAUUGACGAGGAAGUUCGACGACUCCAAGUGGCCGAGGCGUCGUUGUUACGUCACCAGGAGCCUCGCCUUCAUGUCAACAGUGACACUUUGUAUGGAGGCUCUCAUGAUCCGCACGCGGGCAACAAUGAGGGCAUGACGUCAUCACCGGUAAAGAGUGAGAGAACUGGAAAUCAAUUUGGCACCGAGGAGCAUCAAACGAGACGUGAGAGACUGGAGCGGACUUUGGAAACGCUGACAAGUUUUAAUCGAGGAACCACAAGGACACAGAACAGGGGAACUCCUCCGUGCCCUGCGCUGAUCCGCAUCAAGUCUGAGCCUGUGGAUCACGAGGAAGGUCGUGCGACCCACGGUGCUGUGGACGACCCGGACAUCAGACCGCGGAAGAGAAGCGAAGCCAACAUGGCGGGAAGCUCUGAUGGGGAGUUUGUCAGUGGAGAGAAGUACAUGCGGAUAACGUCACCUUAGCUGUCGAUUCAGUGAUUUUUCUUUUAUCGCUGAAGGCUGAAAUACCUUCGAUUGGAGUUGGCGUCCUGUAGGUACACCCCAGUAGACGGACUUUGAAGUGUGUCUGAGCUUAGCUCCUGUCGGAGUGAUCUCGAGUGCGUGUACUGUUUUUAGAUUGGGUGAUAAUAGUCGGAACUAUGUGCGAAUUCCUCACCGAUGACCUGCCGAUGUGGCCGGUUAUAGGUCCUCUGGAGUACUGACAGUUGUACAAUCACCUGUUGAAUUGUUGAAUUGGAUUCAUGGUGUCAAUGCAAUUGAUUUUUGACGUCAUCCAAUACUUUUCCAACCUCGUUUCCAGGAAUAACUUUGGAGACGAGGCUGAGCAAGCGCAUAGAGAGAGAGAGAGAGAGAGGCCCUUGAAUUCCCAAAGUCUGAAUCUUAACUCUCCUUUCUGGUUGCUUUCCAGAUGCUUGCAAAUUAUUCCAAGGAAUUUGGUGUGACGUCAACCUAACACUCCUGUCAUCGUGUUUUUGACCCAUUAUAACCUAACAUUUGUAUGCUUAUUCUCCGUAAUGUUUUUCACCGCUUCACAUGGUACUGACAGGGAGAAUUUGUUUAAGAAUCUAGAGCUGCAUGAGUUGAAGAUCAUUUCCUUUAUUCCCUUGACCGUAACGUUUGAUUCAGGGGUGAUAUGGUAUGGAGAAACAAGAUGAUGAUCACUGUAAGCACAAAGGGUUAAUCGCUCGAUUGCAGUAUACUGCACUGUUCUAGUCGGGUGAAGUUGCUGGUAAAUCAUUCCAGGAUUUAAGAGGUCAGGGUCUUGUUGUUCAAAGCUUGGUUAAGGGCCUUUCCGCACUUGGCGUUUUAAAAUUUUAGAAUCCCCGAGUUUUGCAUAAAAAAGAUAAUUUUUUCCUUUCUCGUAAACUGACUUCUGUUCAAUUACACGCUGGUCGUAGCUUAUACGACAAAUGAUCGACAGGGUUAUCACGGUUUAUUUCUUUAGUCGAUUUUUUCCAGUUUUCAACUGGGACAAUUUUGUCAAAGUGCGUUGGAAGAUGUGUCCGCUUCGGCCAAAAUUUUUCAAGUCGCGACAAACCAUUCGCACUUGUAAAAUGUUAGUGAUGACAGAAAAUUUGUCUAAAUAGACAACUUUUUCGCUAGUGCUGUAAGGCUCUUAAAAUACCUUAGAGUUAAUGAGAAAUCUGGUUGAAGAUCUGAAGGCUUUAAAACAAAAUUUAGGACAAAUAUUUUUGUCUACAAUUUGAUGACUGGAUGCCUUUCAAAGAAGAGAGAAAAUUAUCCUGGAAAGGCUUUUGAACAGAGGGAUGAAGAAACUCAGAUUAAAAUUUAACCCCGGGUUAGCGCUAAGCAGCCUUCGAACAGCUGAGCCCAGUGAGAUAUACUGCGUUCGAAAUGCACUUUACGAACUAUUGAAUUUUCUUGAAAAUUUUUAGUGAUAGUAUCAAGAACAAUUUGUAUUCAGAAUUUUGAUGAAUUGAUAUAAUUACGUCACCAGGUUAUUUGGACACGCGCAAAAUGAGUGUGGUGAAAAAAAAAAUGGAAAGUAAUGUUGUUAUACAAUCCUUUAUUAUAUUUAAUAUUUUGGAGAAAGUGAUAUUAUCACAAUUCCAAUCGGAAGAGAAAAAA